GCAGUUGUUGGUAGAUCCUCCAAAGAGACGCCAGUAGCUUUAGCCGUGAGACAUUGAAUGACUUUGUUGUACCCCUGUGCGGCAGAGUAAAUAAAGUUGCCUAUCUGACAGGUCGGGAUUAGUAUUGGAGCUCAUGGAGGCCCUCAUACCUGUCGUUAACAAACUGCAGGAUGUAUUUAACACGGUCGGCACAGACAUAAUUCAACUGCCGCAGAUAGUUGUUGUGGGAACUCAGAGCAGUGGGAAGAGUUCGGUUUUAGAGAGCCUGGUUGGCAGGGACGUGCUGCCACGUGGCACUGGCAUCGUCACACGCCGGCCCCUUAUCCUACAGCUAGUGCACAUCGAUCCAGAGGACCGCCGAAAAACCAGUGAAGAGAAUGCCACAGAAUCCAAGAAAAAUGGACGCCUUUACAGAGGAAUCGAUGGAGAGGAAUGGGGCAAAUUUCUACACACCAAAAACAAGAUCUUCACGGAUUUCGAGGAGAUCAGGCAAGAAAUUGAAGCAGAAACACAAAGAAUUUCUGGCAAUAACAAGGGUAUUAGUAAUGAACCCAUUCACCUGAGAAUCUUCUCACCACACGUUGUGAACCUCACAUUGGUGGACCUUCCUGGCAUUACAAAGGUACCGGUGGGAGACCAGCCCAAAGACAUAGAGCUCCAGAUCAGAGAAUUGAUCUUCAAGUACAUCUUCAACCCCAACUCCAUCAUCCUGGCUGUGACUGCUGCCAAUACAGACAUGGCAACCUCAGAGGCCCUCAAAGUAGCUCGCGAGGUUGACCCUGAUGGCAGGAGGACGCUAGCAGUGGUGACCAAGCUGGAUCUGAUGGAUGCUGGCACAGAUGCCAUGGAUGUAUUGAUGGGCAGGGUCAUUCCUGUGAAACUGGGCAUAAUUGGAGUUGUUAAUAGGAGUCAGUUGGAUAUUAAUCAGAAGAAGUUGGUGGCGGAUGCCAUCCGUGAUGAAUACGCCUUCCUACAAAAGAAAUACCCCUCCCUUGCCAACAGAAAUGGAACCAAAUAUCUGGCCAGAACAUUGAACAGGUUACUCAUGCACCACAUCAGAGACUGUCUUCCUGAUCUGAAGACGAGGAUCAAUGUGCUGGCAUCGCAGUACCAGUCGUUACUCAACAGUUAUGGGGAACCUGUGGAGGACAAGAGUUCCACGUUGCUGCAGCUCAUCACCAAGUUUGCUGCAGAGUACUGCCACACCAUAGAGGGCACGGCCAAAUACAUUGAGACAACUGAACUAUGUGGUGGAGCAAGAAUCUGUUACAUAUUUCAUGAAACCUUUGGUCGCACAUUGGAGUCCGUAGAUCCUCUGGGUGGUCUGACAACCAUCGAUGUGCUGACAGCAAUCAGAAAUGCAACGGGCCCGAGGCCUGCUUUAUUUGUGCCCGAGGUUUCGUUUGAGUUGCUGGUGAAGCGACAGGUCAAGCGCCUGGAGGAUCCCAGUCUGCGCUGCGUGGAGCUGGUUCACGAGGAGAUGCAGAGGAUUAUCCAGCACUGCAGCAACUACAGCACCCAGGAGUUGCUGAGGUUUCCAAAGCUCCAUGAUGCCAUAGUAGAAGUGGUCACCUCAUUACUCAGAAAGAGGCUCCCAGUCACCAAUGAAAUGGUUCACAACCUGGUUGCCAUUGAGUUGGCCUAUAUCAACACAAAGCACCCUGACUUUGCCGAUGCCUGUGGCCUCAUGAACAACAACAUAGAGGAGCAGAGACGCAACAGAAUGAGAGACCUGCCCUCUGCUGUCCCUAGAGACAAGUCCCUUAAAGGCCCAGGUGGGCAGUCUCUCUCUCCCACUGAGCCUCAUGCCCUCGAGGGCGAGGCCACCAAGGCAGCAGCCAGUGGCUCUCAGAGCGGCGCUGCCAGCGAGCAGACAGACGGCGGGACGGGGAACUGGAGGGGCAUGUUGAAGAAGGGAGAGGACGGACCAGCUACUGACAGAGCCAUGCUCCAGGCCCCGCCCCCUGCAAACCCACAUAAGGGCUACGCUGUCAACCUGCUAGAUGUGCCUGUUCCAGUGUCCAGGAAGUUGUCUUCUCGGGAGCAGAGGGACUGCGAGGUCAUUGAGAGACUCAUCAAGUCAUACUUCCUUAUUGUACGGAAAAACAUCCAGGACAGUGUACCGAAGGCCGUGAUGCACUUCCUGGUGAACCAUGUGAAGGACUGCCUGCAGAGUGAGCUGGUGGGUCAGUUAUACAAGACGGGCCUGCUGGAUGACCUGCUGACGGAGUCCGAGGACAUGGCUCAGAGACGCAACGAGGCCGCUGACAUGCUCAAGGCGUUGCAGAAAGCCAGCCAGGUGAUUGCAGAAAUCCGAGAAACUCACCUGUGGUGAGGGCGGUCUCUCUUCAUCCCUCAUGAGCCAUCCAGAAGCUCCUGCUGUGACUGCCAGCUCCUCAGACGGAGAGGCGAACAACUUAAAAAAUGCACUGUUGUGGAUAUGUGUAUAUCGAAACAUAGUUUUAAUGUAAAGAAAGGACUUGGAUUUAAUGAAGGGCAGUACAUAUCAGCUCCUCAUCAUCAGCAUCACACAUACUCUUGUCCUAGUUAUUAUAUUUUUCUUAUGUAAUUGAAACAAUAAAUAAAUAGGUGUUAUGCAUCACCACUAUGUGGAGCCUUGAUGAGGAAUGUCUGCUCUUAAUGUAGACUUGAAUUAAAGCUAGAAAUUACAAACCUAUGCUGCAACAUGGGGUUGCUCCCUUUAUCAUGUCAAUUAUUUUAUUAGAUGUUGACAAAAUAAUGUGUCUACUGCUGAUUGUUCAAUAAAUGUACUUAAUUUAGAUUUUUCUUUUUGGGGAAAAUGCCCCAACACUUCUUUUGUUUUGUGUUAACAGUUUUGUUUUUAUGUAGACAUGGAACUAUUCUACACCCCACACAUAUUUGUCCCUUUGUUUACAUGUUUCAACAAGAUCUCUUACACAUAUUUAUAGGUUUCAGUAUAUUUUAUGAGCGGUUACUCAUUCUGGCUGCUUGAAGUUUUGUAUUGUAUAUUGGACUUACAUCGAAACAGACAAUCUGUGGAGUUUGCGGAGUGGAUGUAAUGAUUUAUUUAUUGUUUUGAUAUGAUAAUUGACAUGUAACCCAACACAACAGAACAAUGAAUACAUAUAUAAUAGACCCAUGGGCCAAUCGGUGGUGUCGUGGUCUGCUUCGUCCUGGUCUGGCUGCUCCUUUACCUCAGCCGGCCGCCCAUCUUGCCCUUGCCACGUCCUUUGGCACUGAAAGGACGCAGAGAAACAUGAAUGCCAAAUGCCAAGCACUGGGUUUAGGACAAGUGGAGGUCAUUUAAUUGCAGCACGCAGAAAAUCAAUAGAAAAAAAACAUGUAUUUUUGUUUUUACAGUAUUGAUGUUAAAUACCGGCAUAUUCUCUGUCUCAGACUUGUAAAGACAUGAAAUAAGUUUUGCUUAAAUCAAAAUUGUAAUAAUACGGCAAAUGAUAUCACUAAAGCUUGAGUAUUUGUCACGCUAAUGACUGCAAAUAAAAGUACAGUUCA